AUGUCUGAUUUAGGCUUUGAUCCAUCCUUAAAGAAGAAGAAGAAAGUUAAGAAGCCAGUCGAUGGCGCAUCCCCAGCACCAGAAAGCAAUGAGUCAACACCAGCCCCUGAUUCAGUGGACGACCUAUUUUCAGGUAUGAAGAAGAAGAAAAAGUCAUCUAAGAAAGCAGAUAGCUCAUUAGAGGAAUCAACCUCACCUAGUGCAGAAGCUGAUGUCACUGCUUCAUUGGGUGACUUGACUUUGAAAAAGAAGAAAAAGAAGAGUACCAAAAACUUGGACUUGAACGAGUUUGAACAACAAUUGGAGGAAGCAGGAAUUGAAGAUACAACUAAUGACCAGAUAGAUGAUACAUUAAAUGCCAACAAAGUAUCUCAAACUGAAGCUGGAUUAUCAUACGAAGAUUUGUUGUCACGUUUUUUUGAAAUCUUGAAAGAAAACAAUCCUGAGCUUGCUGGUGAUAGAUCAGGUCCUAAAUUUAGAAUCCCCCCUCCAAUAUGUCAAAGAGAAGGAUCUAAGAAGACCAUGUUUGCCAAUGUUCAAGAAAUCGCCACUGUCUUACAAAGAAAUCCCGAGCAUUUGAUACAAUUUUUGUUUGCUGAAUUGGGUACUUCUGGCUCGAUCGAUGGUGAAAAGAGAUUAAUAUUGAAAGGUAAAUUUCAACCAAAACAAAUGGAGAGUGUGUUGAGAAGAUACAUUAUUGAAUAUGUUACAUGUAAGACGUGUAAGAGUAUGAACACAGAGUUGAAGAGAGAAAGCGCUAAUAGGUUACAUUUCUUGAGCUGUAAGGCAUGUGGUUCAACCAGAUCUGUAUCCUCCAUCAAGACAGGUUUCCAAGCACAAAUUGGAAGGAGAAAGAAAUUUUAA